GUAUCAUCGGAUGUUUUUCUCUUCAACUUCUACACGGUCUUGAUAUCUUCGCCUUCUCCCACCAACCCAUAUAUCCACACACACUUGAGCAGGGACAGCUUUGACCGCCAAACAUCAUUUCACCAUGUUCUCAAUAAAGCCGUCCAAAGCAUGGGUCACCAGAUUCUAUCAGCCCACCACUGAAAGAUCUAUAGAUCCUGAAGAGCAGCAUUCGCUGGUAUCUAAAGAUGAACGAGACGAACGAGAUAUGUCUCUUCAAUCUGACCUGGAAAAGGCAGAACCUCCAGCUCCUCCCCCGCAAAACCACGAGGAUACUGUUGCUAUCAGAGACAAACUCAUUGCUCUGGCUGGGUACUUUCUUUGCAACAUUGGCUUGACCAUCUACAACAAGGCUAUCUUGGGAUCGUUUCGAUUUCCCUGGCUUCUCACAGCCCUUCAUGCUGGAUGUUCAUCCAUCGGCUGCUUAAUUAUGAUGCAGCUGGGAUAUUUCCAGACAACCAAACUCACCUCAAGACAAGAUCUGGCACUCAUCGCCUUUUCCUUCCUGUUCACCAUCAACAUUGCCAUUUCAAAUGUCUCAUUAGCAAUGGUCUCAGUGCCCUUUCACCAAGUGGUCCGAGCAACCACUCCUCUGGUCACCAGUCUUCUCUUCCGAGUCAUGUACAACCGAACCUUUUCACGCGCGACUCAAUUUUCCUUGGUCCCUAUUGUCCUCGGUGUCACGAUCACCGUCUGGGGCAAUUUCGUCUUCACUGAUCUCGGCUUCAUCCUCACCUUCCUCGGUGUUGUCCUCGCCGCCUUCAAGACCAUUGUCACCAAUCGCAUGAUGACAGGGUCGAUGGCUCUGUCAUUCUGGGAGAUUCUGCAACGCAUGUCGCCGCUGGCCUUUUCACAAUCCCUCGUCUACGCCUUUUUCACCGGCGAACUCUCAUCCUUCCGUAAAUUUCUCUCAGAGGAGCUCUUGAAUCCUGAAUCCCCCAGUCGUACCUUUACCCCGACCAUGUUCGCCUUGGUCAUGCUGGGAAAUGGCAUGCUAGCCUUCGCCCUGAACGUCUCAAGUUUCAGCACCAACAAGGUCGCUGGAGCUCUCACGAUGACAGUCUGUGGCAACAUCAAAUCGGCCCUGACCAUCAUUCUGGGCAUUGUCUUGUUCAACGUGCACAUGACAAUGUUCCAAUUGAGUGGAGUCUUCAUCACCGUGGUCGGAGGUGUCAUUUACUCGUUUGUGGAGCUCGAUGGUAAGCGAAAGAAAGUCGCUCCACAGCAAAACACAAGUUCAUAACCUGCAAGGAAACAUUAGAAGGAUUCUUUGGGAGGUGGAUGUACAUUUUUCGGCCAUGACUCGAUCUGGAAUAAUAGCCAGCCAGACGAUCUUUAUGUCAGCAUACUCCUCAUUUCUAGUACGCUCUAUGUUGAAUUGAAC